GCGCAGUGCGGGCGGAAGCGGGUGGGAUGAUGGCGGCGGUGCAGCGGGGCUCCAGCAAAUGGCUCUUUACCCGAGAACAGUUCGAAAACACGCCGUCCCGCCGCUGCGGAGUCGAGCCCGACCGCGAGCUCUCAUACCGACAGCAAGCCGCCAACCUGAUUCAGGAUAUGGGACAGCGGUUAAACGUAUCCCAGCUUACAAUCAACACAUCAAUCGUCUAUAUGCACCGAUUUUACAUGCUUAAUUCCUUUACGAAAUUCCAUAGAAAUAUCAUCUCUCCCACCGCUCUGUUUCUGGCUGCUAAAGUGGAGGAGCAACCCAGGAAACUUGAACAUGUUAUUAAAGUAGCACAUGCUUGCCUGAACCCUCAAGACCCUCCGCUGGACACCAAGAGCAAUAUGUACCUCCAGCAGGCCCAAGAGCUGGUGCUGUUGGAAACCAUAGUGCUGCAGACACUCGGGUUUGAGAUAACUAUAGAGCAUCCACACACAGAUGUGGUGAGAUGUUCCCAGCUAGUGCGAGCGAGCAAGGACUUGGCCCAGACCUCCUAUUUCAUGGCUACCAACAGUCUGCACCUGACCACCUUCUGCCUGCAGCAUAAACCCACAGUGGUGGCAUGUGUCUGUAUUCACCUGGCCUGCAAGUGGUCCAACUGGGAGAUUCCCGUUUCUUCAGAUGGGAAACACUGGUGGGAAUAUGUGGACCGGGCCGUGACUCUGCAGUUGCUUGACGACCUGACUCACGAGUUUCUACAGAUCCUGGAAAAAACACCAAGCAGAUUAAAAAGAAUCCGAAACUGGCGGGCCACGCAAGCUGCCAAGAAACCAAAACUCGACAACCAAUCAAUAGACAGUUCCUUCCUGAGCCAGGAAACCUCAUUGAUGGGAAGCAUGUGUGACAUCAGAGUGGGGAUGUAUUCAGAACCAUCCACCUCUUUCCCACUGGAUGGGGCAUCAAUGUCCCUCAACGGCCUGUCAGACUUGCAGAGUUCCGCUUUCAGCUUUCCUGCACCGAUUUCCCAGAGCGCCGAUGCUUUUCUUGCGCUCCAGGGGGCGCCGACAAGCAAACACGGACAUGGCUCGGGAACUCUCGCCCCUCAGAAACUCACUCUAGAGAAAUACCGUGAAAAACAUGCAGCCGAAUUAGAGCAUCGACGCAGACACGAAGAGGAGGAAAGCGACCAGCAUCGAAAGCACGGACAUUUGUCGUCCGAACCGUCUACGUCAAUCAGGGUGAAGUAUUCGCAACAGCAGGUACAAGAGCGAGCGCCGAAGAGCGGGUCGCUCAAACGACGCCACCCUUCCUCGUCGGAGAACGGCUCCUCUAGUCAAGAAGAGCUGAAAAUGAAGAUCAAGGUUUCGUCAGAAAGUAGCGGCAGUGGUAAGAGCCGUCACAGUCCGCGCUCCAGCCGCGAGAAACAUCGCGAACAUUCGUCGCACAAAGCACCGAGACACGACUCCUCACACUCACACGGUAGCCACCACCACCAUCACCACCACUCAUCCAAAUCUCACCGAUCUUCCAAGAGCCACUCCUCCUCUGCCUCUGUCUCUGCCAAUCAACCGAUAGGCCACGCCCAUUUGGCGAAGAUUGACAGGAGGCUGGGGGAGGGGCAGAGUUCUGAGCCUAAUGCUGCUUUAAUAAAUAACGGUCCACACAUGGAUUAUGAAGACACUUUUAAUAUGCUUGAUUCCCUAUUAAAUGCGCACAACUUCUAAACUAGCGGAAAAAAUCUAACAUUUUACAUAAAACCUCAAAAAAACGUGCGAUUUUCAUUCUUGAGCUAAUUUUAUGCAAGAAUCACUCGUCCGUUACAUGUCAUAGUCUCUCUUUGAUUAAAUCAUGUUUUAUCACUGAAUUUAAAGGAAAAAAACUACAAGUGAAGGUUGUAAUGGCGUUUUAGUGUAAACGUGUAAACAACAAUUGUGAAUUUACGAUUUUAAAACUUUCUUAGAGUCGUAGAGCUUGCUAAAGAGAGAUUGCAAAAUGCCGCUGGCAAUUUUAAGUUGUUUUAGUUGGAGAAACGCGAUGUGAUGUGAAAAUGUACAUGUUCUUACUUCAUGCUUGAUUCACGAUGGUCGUUUUGUUUUUCGUUAAUCAAAGGGAUGAAAAUAGAAAUGUGUGGCUGUUUACAAAAGGAAGGUGCAGAUAUCUGUUCACUGUUAUUUGUAUCGCUAUAUCCAUGUAUAUAUAUUUCACGAAUGCUCAGGUUUGGAGGUUAUUAAAGGUGAAAAACGUCAGUCGAAACAUAACUUUGAAAAUUAUAGCUGAAAUUUCACAAAAAUGCCUGUACACAGAUUCCAUUAUAAUGCUUUCCAUAUAUUGUAAAUUUAAUGUACUGUAAAGUUAUCUAUUUUAUGUUAUUCUCUGUUAGAAAGCUGAACAGAUGACAUCAUCGUGGCCAGGGCUGUUGUCUAAUAAUUUUGAAGACGUUUUGCUUGAAAUUCCUUUUAUUAGUUUUUACCCUUUACAGUAGUGGAAAGCAAAAUGCCUUUUUCGGCAAGAAGAAAGUGGAUGUUUUUUUUGUUUUUUUUUUGUGUGCCAGAUUUGAACUGUCAAGAUCGCAUCCCAGAAUUCUCAGCUGAUCGGUUCAUUGCGGUGUACGUCGAGCCUUAAACCUGUACGAUAGAGAUUUUAGCUGCCUGUGUGUAUCGGUCCCAUUUUCUAUGAUCUCAGUAUUUAAGAUUUGAUUUCUGUUCCCGUCUUCUCCCCUCAUUGGCUGCUGCUUCUGAUUGGUUAACAAGUGGGCUGCCAUUGAAAUCAACCAACUGUCAACUUCACGUUCUCUGUCCGAUGCCCUUAAAACAGCUUUGGGAACGUUUUGAAGGAGUUUGAUGAGGAUAAAGACACUUUUGCUCUAGAUGUGGCCUAGACUCCUGUUGUGCUGUUAUAACCUCCUUUCACCAGAUACCAAAGGUUUGUGCCUCAGUGUUUGCCCACCGUUGGAACUGUAUGAAACUUUUAGGUUUCCAUCUUUUUAUUAGAUUUUUUUUGGAAUGCCACAGUUCUUAUUAUAGUAUUAGAUAUGAGUCUGUAUGGAUGAUGUUUUGGAUCGUCUAAUAAACAUCCAAGAAAAUUGCA